UGAUUGAACUGGUCAAUGAAGUCUUGUGUUGAUCAGCAGGGCAAACUUUUCCUUUUCUUUUUUUUUUUUAUAAUCUCCUCUAAUAGAUCAUUUAAGGUAAGAGCAGCAACAACUAGUGAUACACCUGCUGUUGAAAUGCUCAUCAAAACGCUUGACUUCAAUGAAAGUAUACUGGAUGACUUAAAGGUCUUCCUUCAGGCUCGCAGAGAUCCAGAUGGAACGCCAGUCCAGGCAUUUGUAGCAGAAGUUUUGGGACAGAUAGUUGGCAUUUCUGUUGUUAAAAAUGAAAUGGAUAUUGAAUAUAUCCGUUCACAUUACAACAUUGAAGAUUUUAUUUACUUCAGUCAUCACCAGCGGGAGGAACAUGGCCAUCUGUACCACUUUGCUCUAAAUCCCAUAUUCCAUCACUAUACCAAACAUUUUCUGAAAGAGAUCCUUCGCUUAUCUUAUAAGUCUUGCCUCUACUACCCUAUUUAUCCACAGCCUGUGGAGGGCAAGUUUCAGAAUCCCUAUGCCCAUUCCCUGACAUCUGCCCUUCAUUACAUGGUUCCCGUGCGACCAAGACGACAGAUUGUCUAUCCUCUGGAAAAGCUUGGCAUAAACGCUCCAUCAAAGCAGGUCUCCAAGGAUCAGUUAAGCUAUGCUUUGAACCACACAAAUCGGAAGCUGAUGCUAGAGCCUAAAGUAUCUGUCAAUGCUAGAAUUGUGGUGGUUGGUGCAUCAAAUGUUGGAAUCUCCUUUCUAGAAACACUGAUAUUUUGUCCACACCUGAAGUUUAACAAUCUGACCCUGAUUUCAACUCACGGGCUUCCAGGACAAAAUCCACCAGGCUCUAAGCACAGAGGAUUUCUAAUUGACAGCCACUGUUUUAAUGAUAAAGAUUAUGCACUGAUGUCACUUUGUUCCUGGGUUAAUGUUGUGGUUGGUAAAAUGACUGGCAUAGACCGAGCUGCCAAACAUGUUGUGGUUUCCAAGGGAAAAAAAGUUCCAUAUGAUCACCUUGUUCUCUGUACUGGGCAGCAGUACCAGGUUCCGUGUCCCACUGGAGUAGAGAUCAGUAAACUUUUGACUAACAGGGAAGUCAUAAAUGGUUGUAAACAAAGAUAUACUGGUGUUGUUCCUACCAAUCUCUUUAAUUUCUCUGAUGACGAAGACUGCUUAAGGGCAGAACAUUGGUUAAAAGAAAACUUUAUCAAUUCACGAGGGAAUGUCAUUGUCUAUGGGAAUACCAUUGACAGUUACUCCACAGCACAAACCCUCCUGGCUCUUGGAAUUCAUGGUUCUCGCAUACACCUGGUGCAACCUCCACUUAGCUCAAAUGUAACUUGCCUGAACAACAAUGCAAUCGAAAAUGCUGUUAAAGAGGCACUGUUGAAGAACGAUGUGUGUGUGUAUUAUGACAGUAUACUGGCCCAGUGGAAUGAAGGUGACCACCCAGAUCCUAUAACAUGUGCUUCUUUUACAACUAAAACAAGACCAUUUAAACUACAAUGUUCAGCAUUUUUUAACUUUUCCAACAAGGGAGUGGAUUAUGAAACCUUCAAGGCAAUUAAUGAUGCAUGCCUUGUUUAUGAUGGUAGACUUGUGAUUGAUGCCAACUUCCAUACUAAUGAUGUUGCUAUCAGAGCAGCAGGUCCUUUAACCAAGUUCUCCAAUAUAUAUCAUGCAAAUGAAUGGACUCACAGCAAUUUUAGUUCGAAAGAGAUCGGUUUCCAGCUUGCUGCAGCUAUGCUGAAUCUCUUUGAUCCAACCCUUGAACCAGUUUCCGAGCCACCAGAAGAUCUGGAUAGACUUAUCCCUAUGUACAAGGGAUGCAAAAUUCAAGGAGGUGUUCUUCCUGGAAGUUGUUAUUACUUGCAUAUUUCAAAGCCAGGAAUCCCUGCACGCUUGGAUGUACAAAUUACACAGCCUAAUUAUGGGAUGGAAAUCUUAACAGGGGAUGCAACAAAGGGGAAUUACUUCAGGAUACAUAUUAACCUGUACAGUAUGGUAGAAGCCAUUACCUGCUUUUCAAAGGAGUCCUUCCCUGUCUCCAACUACGUUUGUUUGUUCGGACAGCAUGAGCGGGUCCUUAAUAAUCUUUGUUCUCGCUGGAAGCAGGGAUUGAUCAAUGAUCUUUAUAGCUAUUUCAGGGAACCUUGGUCCAUGGCCAUCUAUCAUGAUCGGUUUAUUGAUCUUAAGAAAGAACUGCGCCAAAUCCUAAUAUCCAGCCAGGCGGAAGGCCUUCCCUCGCUGGAGCAGCUGGUGCACCAGGUCGUGGACAGGGAGCUCGUUCUCUCCGAGAAGCCCAAGAAGUACCUGAAACGCGCCUCCAGGCGGCUGGUGCAGGGGAGCGUGCUGAGCUACCUGCGCUACAACCAGAACCACCUGCCCAUGUACGCCUGGCCGGGCGUGGUGUAGCGCGCCGCGGCCGCAGCAAUAAAGGCCC